AUGCCGAAUGACGGCGACGAUCUAACGGCGCUCAAGCGUCGACGCUCUACGUUGGUAGGAUCGUGCACGCGCAUACGUAUUUUCGUGGACGCAGUCGAGUCAAUUACACCGUUUACACUAGCUCAACUCGAGGAGCGCAAAAAUAAAAUAGACGGUUUCUGGGCAGAAUACGAUGUCGUGCAAACUAAGCUGGAGUUAUUGGACAUUGCGGAAGCGGAUCAUCGCAUUUCGUUCGAGGAUUCCUAUUAUACGAUAUCGGCCAAGUUGCGCGAGUUAAUGAAUCCCCCGAUUGUACCACGUUCUCAGUUCGCACCGUCCACCUCGAACGCCUCCAACACAGUGGAACAUUUCAAUCAUAUAAAAUUACCCAAGUUAGAUCUCCCAAAAUUUACGGGAAAAUACGACGAAUGGUUUCCGUUCUUCGACACAUUUAAUUCUCUCAUUCAUGUAAACGCGGCGUUAAGCAAUAUUCAGAAGUUGCAAUAUUUGAGAGCAUCCGUCAUCGGCGACGCGAGCAAAAUAAUUUGUGCGCUAGAAAUUUCCGAGGCGAAUUACGAGGUAGCGUGGAAUUUAUUAAAACAGCGCUACGACAAUAAGCGAGUCAUUGUUCAAAGUCAUGUCAAGGCCAUAAUGGAUUUGCCAUCCAUGGUCAAGGAAAACAUUGUCGAAUUGCGGCAAAUCGCGGACGGUGCAACUAGACACAUUCACGCCCUUCAGGCUUUAACGCAUCCUACGUCUCACUGGGACGACAUAUUGGUCCACGUUUUGAGCAGCAAACUCGACGCGCUUACGUCACGGGAAUGGCAACUAUCAUUAACGGGCUCCGAGUUGCCCACUUUCAAACAGUUCAUCGAUUUCGUCGCGCAUCGAUGUCAGACUUUGGAAACGAGCUCCAAAUCAAAUGCUCCCUCAAAAAAUGCAAACGCUUUGGCGCAAUCUAACGCGAGGCGCCAUUCGUGUGUUGCAACGCUAAAAACAAAAUGCGGUUUUUGCAAGGGAGAGCACCUCAUAUAUUAUUGCCAAGAUUUUCUAGCAUUGCCGGUUUCUCAAAGAAUCUCGGAAAUCCGGAAAAGAAGGCUUUGCACUAACUGCCUGCGAUCUACAGAGCAUGCGUCCAGCAAAUGCUCAUCAGGCGGCUGUAAAAUUUGCAAAUUAAAACAUAAUUCAUUGCUUCAUCUUGCGACCGUCGCGACGGCAAAAUCCGUUACUCCGGGAUCCGAAGAUGAAGCCAGGGAAGGGGUUCUGACGAGUUCUCCGGCAGCGCUUGUUUCACACCGCUUGAACUCCUUCGAUAACAAGCAUGUUAUGUUGUCAACCGCUGUCGUUUAUGCGUACGAUAGUCAAGGUUCACAAAAAUGUUGCCGCGUGUUGUUAGACAGCGGCUCUCAAACAAAUUUCAUCUCGCAACGUUUCCUGACAGUGCUCGGCCUCAAAGCGCGUUCUCUCGACAUUUCGAUUUCAGGAAUCAAUAAAACAGCGACGAGAUCAUUUGGGGCAGCAGAGGUCAAACUGCAAUCGCGAACAAAUCCCUUCAGCAUUUUGGUGGAUUGUGUCGUCACUGAUCAUGUGACUGACAAAAUUCCAGCAAUCACAUUAAAGCGAAGCGCAUUCGAAUUUCCUCAGAAUCUCAAAUUAGCCGACCCCCAAUUUAAUGUGUCGGCGGAGAUCGAUGUUUUAAUUGGCGCCGAGCAUUUCUGGAACCUGCUCUGUGUGGGACAGGUAAAAUCUUCUCCAAUGCAUCCAACCUUGCACAAGACGCGAUUCGGAUGGAUUUUGGCAGGUCAAUUGGACGCCUCACCGAACUCAUCACGUAAGGCGCAAUCCUUUCACGCAUUGAUAACAAACACGCAAUUGCAUAAUCAACUAACGCGUUUUUGGCAGGUAGAGGAUGUCUCUGAAAUUUCAAACAAAUAUUCCGAGGAGGAGUCUCUAUGCGAGCAACAUUUUUUGCAAAACGUGUCGCGAAAUAGGCAGGGCAGAUUUAUCGUCAAGCUCCCGUUCAAGGAGCGGGCAUUUGACCGUCUUGGAGAUUCGAGGGACAUCGCUCUGAAGCGAUUUCGUAAUCUAGAAAAACGAUUCCUUCGUGAUCCCAAAUUAAAGAGUCAAUAUUCUCAGUUCAUAAACGAGUAUCUGGCAUUAGGCCACAUGAAGCUAAUUGACGAGCAGUGCUACGACGGCGCGGAAUCAUUCUAUUUACCCCACCAUUGCGUUUUCAAGCAUACAGCAGGUUCAAGCAAAAUACGGGUAGUCUUCGACGCCUCGAGUAAAGGCUCGACAGGGGUGUCAUUGAACGACACGCUCAUGGUAGGCCCAACGGUACAGCAGGACUUAUUUUCGAUUCUUCUGCGUUUCCGCUUCGUCCUGGCGGCGGAUAUUAUCAAAAUGUACCGCCAAAUCAUGGUGCACUCUUCACAAACGCGCUAUCAGCGCAUUCUUUGGCGAGACAAUCCUACUUCCGAAAUUAAAACGUAUGAACUCAUCACUGUGACAUACGGCACAUCGUCCGCCUCGUAUUUAGCCACGAGAUGCCUCAAAUGGCUAGCUGAACAUUACGCCAACGACUUUCCCAUAGGUUCCAUGUGUGUAGGACGGGACUUUUAUGUGGAUGACGUUCUAACUGGAGCAGAUACAAUUAGCGAGGCAAAAAUGCUGCGAGAGCAAACAAUUCAGUUAUUGCGUUUAGGAGCCUUCGAGCUCAGCAAAUGGGCAUCUAAUUGUCCGGGCCUGUUAGCAGAUACUAACGUCCAAAACGAUGGUGUCUUCACGAUUGACACCGGCAUGGACUCAUCCAUAUUAGGAGUCCAUUGGAAUCAAGUUCAAGAUACCUUCCAUUUCUCAUACAAACCUGACGACAACCAAUCAGCCGUAUUUAAGCGAGUCAUUCUAUCCGAGGUCUCCAGACUCUUCGAUCCACUCGGGUUAUUGGGUCCUAUCAUCGUGCUAGCUAAAUUGAUUUUGCAAGAGCUCUGGCAAUUGGGCAUCCACUGGGACGAAUCUGUCCCGCAGAAUCUUCAUUCGCGCUGGUUGAAAUUCAAUUCACAAUUAUCUAGCAUCAAUCAAAUUUGCAUCCCACGUUGCGUCAAGCUCGACACAAAUCCGCAAUCAAUACAAAUUCAUGGGUUUUGUGACGCGAGCGAAAAGGCCUACGGAGCGGCAAUAUACUUCCGAACCAAGCUAGGAAACGAUGCAUAUCACAUCGAAUUGUUAUGCUCUAAAUCUCGUGUCGCGCCCCUGAAGGCCGUUUCCCUACCGCGCCUUGAACUGUUGGCGGCGGUAUUGUUAGCCAGGCUAGUAAAAAAGGUCGAUACAGCAUUCAGCCUCUCUGAUGUACAAACCUUCUUAUGGUCGGACUCCACAAUAGUCCUGAAUUGGAUAGUCUCGCCAUCGCGAAAAUGGUCUACUUUCGUAGCCAACCGAAUCAGCGAGAUUCAAGGGGCUACGAAUCCCAGCAGUUGGCGUCACAUUAGGUCACCGGAAAAUCCUGCUGACAUUCUAUCACGCGGUCUCGACCCGCAAGAGUUAACAAGCUCGUCGUUGUGGUGGCACGGACCCGCAUUUCUCAAACUGGGCGAAGAAUCUUGGCCCAAGUCCGAUUUCGCACGCGCACCAGAAGACAUGCCAGAGCAAAAAAGGUGUACCACGGCUAUUGCCGUCAUCGAGCAUUCAAUCGUCAACGAAUUAUUAAACAAAUUUUCAAACCUUAAUAAGGCAUGUCGCGUACUCGCAUACUGUUUGAGAAUUACGAGGUCAUUCCGCCCAGCCGCACCCACUAUUUUCAUAUCUCAUCACGAGGCGUCAACCGCCCUAGAGGCAGAGUUGCCAUUGAGGCGCCGAUUUGCAGCCACACCGACAGCCAGAGGGAACAGACCCACUUGCACCGGCUGGCACUUUAUCCCCACUUAUCGGCCAUAG